ACGUAGCUAUAAAAAAUUUAAUCAUCUUGUGCGCGAAUGUGGCGAAACGAAACCCGGAUCGAGCUAAUCGUCGAACGCGUUUAAAUCACUUAAUUAACUCGAUAGUCGAUACCUUCUCGUCGAGAGGAGAGAGACAGAGAACGCCGUAUAGCAGCAGAUAUGAAGAUAUACCUUUAUAAAGUAACCAAUUAGCGCGACUUUAUUCUAUACGUACCUAUAUAUUUUUAGAUAGAAGUAAGAGUAGGUACCUGAGAGGAGACAUGAAGAGAGUAUACGAUCACCGUACGAGGAUGGUUUAACGAGAACGAGAAAUAUGGUCGCAUAAAGAACGGAACAAGAGUUGGUAACACUGUAAACCAGGUCUUCUUUAUGGAACGUGGUGGUAGUGCGGUGUUGGACGAACCGCCGCGCCGCUUGUAAACCGUGGAAAGAUGGAAUGGAGAAGCCUAUGAGUCGGACUUGGCGGUGGCGGUGUUGCGAGUUGAGCCGAGAGAUAGAUGAGAAUAGGCGUGGCUAAAAUUCUUUAAAAAUCAUGUCGAGAAAAACCCACACUACGCGGGAUAAUGAUUACGUUAAUAUAGAUAGUAAAGCUUUGGUAAGAUGUCUUUGGGUGAUAACUGGCUGGGUGUACCGAGCGCAGGGUGAAGGUGGCGGUGUCGAGGAAAAGGACUACCACGACGGCGGUGGCGGCGACGGCGGCGGUGGUGGUGGUCCGGGAAAGGCGAAAAAAAAAGACGACGACAGAACCGCAGUGUACGGUACGUAUGGUACAACUCGCUCAUAUGCCGAUGUCGCUAGUGCGAGCUGUCAGCUCAGAAUCCGCGCGCUGAUUUUUUCCGGCGUCGUUGAUUGAUACAUUAAAGAUCCUUCUUCGUUGAGCGCUGCUCUAUAGAGAUACCUAUACGACGUACUUAGUCGGUGGGUGCUACAGAUGUGUGUGCGUGUAAUGUGUAUUACGUCGUCGUAGUAUUGUGUACCGUAUCGCUAAAUAUGCUUACUUGCCAGUGCUAACUCAGCUAAUUACUAGAAUUGCAGUGCCGCUGUGUUUACGGUUUUUUAUGAUAUUUAUAAUACGUUUAUGCGGGUUUAUUGCUGGUGUUGUUUUCGCACGAGUACUUACUUAUUGACGUUUUGUUUCGAAAACGAUUUCUUAUUAUUGGCUGCUGCGAGUUGAUUCGAAUUUGCAUUCGUUGGUGAUCGUGAUUUGUUAUCUACUUGAUCCGGCUGCUAGGAAUUUGUCCAGUAUUAUAGGAAAUAGAAUAUCCGAAUUCGACGAAAGGUUUUUAGGAGCUCGAGAAAAAGGCAUUACCUAUACGGUAGAAUUGCGAGAAAAAAACGUGUAAGUAAAUGCACGUGGAAUUGCGGUUGCAUCGAAAGAGAAACGAUUUUUAAAAGACUACGUCAGUACCUUUUAGAAAGAAGAAGAAAAAAAAAACAUACUCCAGCGCAAAAGAGAAGUGAAAAAAGAAAGAUACAAGAGGGAAAAAAAGGAGAAUAAGCGGAGAAAAAAAAACUACAAACUUGUUUAGCACGGAAGAUAACUCAGUGGAAUACUGUUUAUACUUCUUUAAUAGCGUUCGCCACUAACGUGAUUCAAGUUAAUUUUUAGCGAGGUUAUCGACGUGUGUGGUCCGCAGACCGCGGCUGCAAUUCAACUCUUCUGUGUGGAAGACGAAGGUGAAAGACGAAGAGAGAAAGAUCGUACAAAAAAAAGAGAAAAAAAAAUACGAACGCAACGAGAUAAAAUUCCGUCAAACGAUUCUAAUGUAAUUACAAUCCGGAAUAAAUAAUGACUAUUCGCAAUCCUUUGGAACUUUAUCAAUUUUUCGAGACCAACAAGCUUGGGCGUAUGUUUUUUCGGUAGUUUAAGCGGGAAAAUUAGGCUACAGAGAUAGUCAAACGAGUGAGAAAUUCUUAAUACGACGCGAAUGGCUUUAGAAACGGAAAGGUGUAGUCCGCAGAACGCCUCUAGUCCCGGACCGAACGAAGUGACUCAGAAUCCGGGCACGAACGGAGGUAGCUGUUCUGGAAUUAAUUACGCGGAUAAUUCGAAUAUUUCGUCGACGAAUACUACUACGGCGGCGGCCAGCGCUGGAUCGGAAAUUAAAUCAAAAUCGGCGUUUCACCAGAUCGCCUUGUUAACGCAGAAGUAUACCGAACCCGAUAAAGAUUACGCCGAUUUCAACGGUAUUAAAAGCGCCGGCGACAAUGUUUUCCAAAACAAACCGUUGAGUAUUUGCUCGCCGUUGCAGAGUCGCGGCGUUCGAGAGUGCAGAGACUCGUCGGAUCGAUAUUCAACUAGUCCGGAACACGAACGCGUUAACGAAAGUGAUUACGCGUUCAAAAUGUCACCUCAUGCUCACGCUCACGCUCACAUGCAGCAAGAUUAUUCCAAAGAUGAUAUCAAAUUACGUACGACUAAAUUUAACGGAGCCGGUGGCGGUAUCGCCAUCAAAGAGUCAGAAAUGUUACAGAAUCUGUCGUCGUCGUACCCGUGCCACGUGAAUAAAUUCAAUCCGGAGUUUUAUAUUUCGCAAAUACAAAACUUUUCCGGACUGCCGUUUAAUCCAUUCGUGGGUGUUUUUCCGGCAGCAGCGGCCGCUGCGGCGACUAGGUUACCAUUAAAAAUGCAGCUAUAUAAUACGCCUAAUUUUAGCCUACCUAACGACUACAUGUUAGGGCUACAAAAUGCCAAAAUAAUGUGCGAAGUGUUACAAAUGCAGAAUUUAGGUUUCGAUGGUAGGACGCGCGUCCCUAAAGAAGCCGAAUUGAACGGCUCCGUUAAUGGUAACCUGCCGCCGGAUGAUAGUCCUAGACCUAUGUACUCGUCGGCGAAUUCGGACCUUUGUACUAUAUCGAGGCCGGAUAGCCCUUGCAGCUCGGUCAACUCAUCGAGCCGAUAUUAUGGCAAAAAUUGUUGCUGUUCGCCAUCGUCAACGAAAGGCGCUCCUAGUCGAUCUCCUAGUCCAAAUCAAAUAGCUCCUUGCGCUCCGUUACCGUUCUCCGUCGAUAACAUCCUGAAACCGGAGUUUGGUAAAACUGCCGCCGUCGUCUCUGUCGUACCUACGCCGCCGCCGGUGAAAAAAGGCCCCGGCAAACGUUCCGCAUCGCCGGUCCAACGUAAGAGCAAGCCGCCCAAAGAAAUCAAAUUGGAUGAAACUCCGGUUAUCACCAAGACAGAUUCGAUGUCACCGAGGACUAUCGACUUCGAUGAUCAUUCCAACGAUAAAUUAACCGACGACUCGUCGGAUAAGGAUGCCAAUGGUAAACCGUGGCCCGCUUGGGUGUAUUGUACCAGAUACUCGGAUCGACCUUCUUCGGGUCCCAGAUCGAGGCGGAUGAAAAGAAAGGAGAAAAAGUCGGAGGAAAAAAGACCCAGAACAGCGUUCAGCGGUGACCAGCUUAGUAGACUGAAGAAAGAAUUUGCUCUGAAUCGUUACCUCAAUGAGGCGAGAAGACAAGAAUUGGCCAACGAGCUAGGCCUAAACGAAGCUCAAAUUAAGAUAUGGUUUCAAAACAAGCGAGCCAAAAUCAAGAAAGCUAGCGGUAUCAAAAAUGCGUUGGCUAUACAGCUCGAGCAACAAGGACUGUAUAAUCAUAGUACGGUGGCGUUGUCCGACGACGAAGAGGAUUAUAAUCCCGCCCCUAAUACCGCAUUACCAGGCAAUUAAAUCUCUUUUUGGCCUGUUUGCCGGAUGGCCAAUGUGGUCUAGCCAUAGCCAUAGCCUACAAUAGCUAAAGCAGUAAACGUAUGUUUUAACUUACAAGUCAUUUUGUUACCUAGCUAGAUUUAUAAUUAUUAUUUAUAUGUUAAUAUGUAAUAUUAUUUUCAAUUCGUUGAAUUUAUAUGUGGUUAAAAAAUUAUGAAAAUUGGUGCAUAGUACCGUAUAGGUAGCGUAUAUUUAAGCCCUAGUGCUGAAAAAACCCCACAAUUUUGUAGAAAUAUUUUGCGAGGUGCUCUUCGCAUUCGAAUGUGUUUGUAAAAGUGUAGCGGUUCUUAUUGACUUUUUUUUCUCGAUUUGGCGAUUUGAAAACCUGAACUGAAUUUAAUGCCUCAAAGGUUUGGUUUCCAAAGAAGUGAAACUUGUAUUCCUAUUUUUUUCUCAGGAAACUCGCUCGAUUUCAGCUGUCUCAGACUAUUAGUUAUUAUUGAGUUCGAUGAAUCAGCUGUUCAAUUAACUAUAGGCUAGUACGUAUUUACUACUACACGUUCUUUUCAGCGUUACGGUUUCAAAAGCCCUGCAUUUUAUCAAAAUUGUCGAGGUCUCUCUUUCUGCUGAAAAUAUUUUUUAAAAACUCUUCUUUUGUAAACAUUUUCAAAAGUGCAGUUUCUAGCCAAAAGUAUUGUCACUUUUUUUUGGCAAAAAAUUCAAAAAUGUUUCUCUUUUUUUCAAAAGUUACCAAAAAAAUUUGUUUUUUUUUUGUCAGAAAUCAUCAAACAUUUUAUUCUCCCUCUCAAGUCAUGUUUCUUACACAAAAUUAUCUACAAAAAAUUCCAAGGAGCUUCACUUUUUUCCCAAUAAUUGUUCAUUUCGCUUUUUACCAGGAAUUGAGGAACUCGUUGCAAAAAUGAAAAUAAAAAUAAAAAACAAGCAAGACAAAAAACCACUGUAAAGUCCUGAUGAAUUAGUAUGGUUUAUUCAAAGUGAUUUUUUCAUUAACUUGAGUAAUUCCUGUUACUUACUUUCAGCAAAACUUUUAGAGGACUAUCAUAUUGAUGCAUCCAUACAAUGCAGUGGAGAAAAGAACCUCCCCAAUUUUUUUUCAAAAGUGACAAAGGCUAUUUUUGCAAUGAGCUCCUCAAUUGCGAACAAUUCUCACUUUUUUGGCAAAUAUUGACAAAGUCUCUCUUCAUAAAGAAAUUUGCCAACGUCUACAGGGUGCCCAGAAAUAUCGUGAACCCCUAAACAAAGUUCUCUGCCAAAUAUUUCGGUUGGUCACAGUGAAUGAUAAUAAUGAUAGCAUGUGAUUGGAUUUGGUUGUUAGACUGAGAUGAUAACAUUCCACCAAUCAUAUGCAUCUAUUUCAAGUUGCCAACCUAUAUUUUUAAUAAAAAACUUUCUUUGGGGUUCAAGAUAUUUCUGGGCCCCCGUAGAUCAAGUUUCAUUACUUAUCUAUUGAAUUUUAAUUGGUAUUUUUUUUUUACAUUAAUAAUUCAUUUACAUACUUAAUCAAAAUGCUCUCUUUUUCGGAUUUUUUUAUGCAUGGGAUGUUUUUUUCGAGUUUUGUAAAUUUUUUGGUUAGUCCUAUACUUUUUCGAAUUUUUUUUUGGUUACUGAAGUGAUUUUUUUGGAAAAAUGUUGAGUACGAGCCCUGAAAUAAGUAUGAGUUUAAAAAAUUUCAAACUGUUCUCCAGAAUUUGAAAAGUCAAUUUAACCACUGAAAUUAUGUUUGUUUGAAGUUUUGAAAAACUCUCCUAUUUUUUCAUAUAAAAUUGAGAUCUUGUUGGAAUCAAAUUUUCAAAAAAAAGUUGAAAAUAUUGGCAACGAAAAUCGGAAAAUUUUAUAAUCUUGGUAACUGCAGUGAAAUUUUUUAAGAAAUUUGAAAAGUCAAAAAUCGGUAAAUUUUGUUUUAUGAUUUGGACCAAAUUUCUCCAGAAUUUUGAAGAAUCGUGCAAAUGUUUUGAAAAAAAAAGUUGAACGUUGAAUGAAUUUCAAAUGUUGAAUUUGUUAAAUUUAUGAAUUUAAAAAUCAAAGCUUCUGCCUCUAAGCUAAAGUAUCUACUUCGCUCAGUUUCGAGUUUGCUUUUCUCAUUCAAAAUUGAAAUUUUUAAAAAGCUGUCAUUGCAAUUUUGAAAAUAUUAAAUAGUACAAGAAAAUGAACUUCUUGUAUAUUAAAAUCGUUGUUUUUUUACUUCUCAAGAUACGAAUUUUCAAAAGCUUUUGCCCUCACUUUGCUCGGGCUUGUUCGCUUUUCUUUUUAAAAUUUGGAAUUUCUAAAAAGUAAAACUUUGUAUCUAAAAAAUAAUCUCAAACAAAAUUAUUGACUUAUUUUACUUCUCAAAAUAACUUUACUUUCUCACAGCUGAAAUUUCUACAAAAAAAAAACAUUCUGUAAUUUUGUAGCCAAAAACAAUUCUCACAUAAACAAAAUAUAUUUUUUUACUUCUUUGAAUACGAAUUUUUGAAAGUUUUUUCCGGCGCUUCGCUCGAGUAAAUUUGUCUCUUUCUUCCAAAAUGAAACUCCAAAAAUUUUAAACGGAAAUUACUGGAAUAGGUACUUAAAUUUGAAGAUUGUUAAUGAAAAAGUAGGGGUACCUACUAAUAAAUAUUAGGUACCUACCUAUUGACUGAAUGGUUUUUUGCAAUAAAACUUGUCUUGCCUUACGAUUAACAUAAGAAGAAUCAUUUUUAAAAAGUUGGUACAUGCCUUUUUAAAAAAAUACAAGUGUAAUCGCAAGGGCUUCUUCUCUUUUCAUUCAAGUUGUACUGGAUAGUGGUUUUUAAAAAAUUAUUUAUUUUCAUUGUUAGGUAAGUGAGAAUUUGUUUUACUGAUAUCGAAGUUGGGCGUUAAAUUACUAAUUAGUAUUUAUUUUCGUUACUGUAGCGUGUAGCCUAAUCAGAAUCUAAUCUUGAAGCUGAUAAUUUCUAUCUCACCUCGAUUCAUCACUACUAUGUAGUAUGUACUUACUGGUCUUAUCUUCCACUUAUCGUCUUCCUUUAGCUGUUGAGUAAAAUUAUUCGUGUAAACUCUAGCGUAUUAUUAGCCUUACACUGCACUCUGCAGCAUACACAGUUGAAGAAAACUGGCUGCUAAAAUAAAUCAACGAAACAAAUUCAAUGAAGAAAUUUAUUGUUGUCAAAAAUUAAUUGUUUUUUUUUCUCUCUCCUUCUCUAAACCGUCCAAGAGUAAUAGUACUAUAGGAACGUGUGUUUUACGUAACAGCGCCUUCAGCUCGGCAUUACUUCGAACGAACAACAUUGUUUCAAUGUUUUUAUAGUUGUAUAAGCGUUUCCAAUAUGGCGUAACGUGAACUUUGCUCCUUAUAUCGUACAUAACCGGUCUCCGUAUUAAAUUUAAUGUUAAUACAAUCGUUGGCAUUGAUAAGAAAUUUAAUAGUAAGAAACAAUUUUCUCGAUAAAUUGAUACCUCGUUAACGUUCUAUUCAAUAAUAAUAAUAAUAAUAAUAAUACCUCUCAAGUUGAACAGUUGAACGAACGUAAAAAAAAAAUACCUACCUAAACCUAAACCUAUUCCGGUGAAAAAAUUUACUGUAGAUUUACUAGGUAGUAAGUAAGUAACAAUGUCGGUAGCUUUAACAACGAAUGCGUAAAUAAGGCGGAAUAAUUUUUACUAUCCCUUUACACGCAUCUUUUCAGAGUUAUUAUUACGUCAUUGAAGGUAUUAUUUAAAAUGACGUUUUAAUGCAACAAAAUGUACAUAGAUACGAUUUAAAACACGACGACCGACGUUUUUCUUCGCGGCAUUAAAAUUCAUUGCCAAAACGAAAAACCCGCAAUCGCGAUUUCAUUAUCAAAACGUCGGAGUAGACAGGUUUUAAUGAAAACUUUAACGACGAAACAGAAGCUAAACCUGCAAUGAAUUAUAUAUUUAAAGCCUUUUGUAGUAAUUAAAUAAACUUAUUAGAAUUUUUAAAUGUAGUUUUAUGAGACUGAUUAAACGUAAUUAUCGUGUACAUAAGUGAUUAAGUGUUUAUGAUUAAGUAGGCUGUAACAUGAAACGUUUCCGCUUACAUGCUUUUUUCAUACUUGCUUGAAUUCUAUACUUAUGAAAAUGCAACAAUUCUAAACAAUCGUUGCCGAUUAAGUUUUAUGAUAUGUGGGUAUAUAAAUUCUUUUUCGUUACGAUGAUUCGGAAAAUGGAUCCGUACAUUGUUGCUCGCUCAUCAUUGUUCACCCUAAGGUAGAACAAAGCAAUUGUGAACCAUCAAAUAUGGGUAUUUUUUUAAAUCAUUGCGACGGUGUGAAAAUUAGGCCUACUGUACACGACUCGAGACUAUAUAGAGGUGAGAAAUCGCAAAUUUGUCGUUUAUGUUUUUUAUUUAGCGUUCAUUACGUGUAAUCUUUAUUUGCAAGUGUUCUUUUUAGCCGAUCUCAUUGAUUUUAAGAAUUUUUUAUAAGCCAUUUCGUAAUUAGAUUCGAAUUAUUGAGCCUAUACUCGAAUGUUUAUUUCUUUGAAUUUGUGCUUUCACCUCAUCUAACGUAAUCCUAUACCUACACGUGAUACCUCUAUCGUACAAUUAACAUUUCAUGAGAACAAAUUACAACAGAAGGAAGUACCUACUAUGCGAAAUAAUUAUUGUUAUUUUAAUUUUCAACUACGAAUGAGUACUUUGUUAAACAGGUAUCAUGUGAAAAGCAAAUUAUUCUCAAAAUGUUGUUUGCAUUUAAAUAUCAAUAUUUUUAUUCGACGAAAUGUCAUCUUAAUUACUAUUUUUGAAUUAAGUUUUCAGUAUUUUUUAUAACUUAUGUGUAUCUAUGCUAUACAUGUUAGGAUUUGCUGCCAUUGAAUGUCAUUCGUAUGUGUUUUAGUUUUCCUCUUGGAAGUAUCUAUGUUAAUUGUAAAAAUGUUUAAUGUUCGUUGUUUGUUUUAAUUUUUUUUUUUUUUUAAAAUCGAAGAUGAAUUAAUGAAGUGCAAUAUAAGACGUAUGCGUAGAUUUUAGAAGUGUAGUAACUGUAUUCAUUUAUAAGCACUUUGUGUAUAUUGUAAAGGUAUUUUUCUUUUCUGUAUGUAGUGUUCGAAUAAAAUAUUUAUUUAUUUUUUGUC